CUUAAAGAAUCCAAACCCUCAAAGCAAGUAUAAAUACAAGUUGAGUUUGUACACAGACCAUCAGUUCAACGUCUGCAAACUGAAACCAACAAUCAGCAACAUGUUCAAACUUUGCGCUUUCUUCGCUAUCCUGGCCGUCGCCUUGGCUUUACCAGCUCCCGAACCCAAGCCUAAAGCUAGCUUAGGGGCAAUAGCUUACACCGCCCCAGCAGUGGUCGCCCCCGCCGUCAGCGUCGCCGCCCCCUUGACCUACUCCAGCUACGUUGCCCCAUCCGUCUACUCUUACGGCCACUACCCCUACGGAUACUCUCCCUACGUCGUGGUGUAAACUCCGCUUUAGUAUUAACAAAAUAAAAAAUGCAUAAAUAAAACGUA